UGCAACCCUCCUCCUCCUCCUCCACCUCCAGGACUCACUACACACAGCUGCUGGGGCUGCUCUGGGCCCCAGAGGACACCAUUCUCCAGACCGUGUCCUUGGCCCCCGCAUCACAUCCAUCCCCUCCAUAACGAAUCACACGCGCCAGCCAGAGGAGGAAGUGGAAAUAGGAGGAAGGGAGGAGAGAAAGGAGGCAGAUCGGUGGGGGGAUCAGGGCCCCGGUCGGGGUGUGGAGACAGGAAAGGAGGAAGGAUCGUGUGUGUGGACACCGCAUAGACUGGACGAGGAGCAGGCUGGAGAACAGAGAUUGAUAUUUCUUACCAUCAAAAACUGAACCAAGUCCAAAGAUGGCAGCUAAUAAGCCUAAGGGGCAGAAUUCCUUGGCAUUACAUAAAGUCAUCAUGGUGGGAAGUGGAGGUGUAGGAAAAUCUGCUUUAACUCUUCAGUUUAUGUAUGAUGAGUUUGUAGAAGAUUAUGAACCAACGAAAGCAGACAGCUACCGCAAGAAAGUUGUACUGGAUGGGGUUGAGGUCCAGAUUGACAUCUUGGACACGGCCGGUCAGGAGGAUUAUGCCGCUAUCAGAGACAAUUACUUCCGCAGUGGAGAGGGCUUCCUCUGUGUCUUCUCCAUCACAGAACAGGAAUCCUUUGCUGCUACUGCAGACUUCAGGGAGCAGAUACUGCGAGUCAAAGAAGAUGAGAAUGUUCCAUUUCUUCUGGUUGGCAACAAAUCAGAUCUGGAGGAUAAAAGACAGGUCUCUGUGGAAGAGGCAAAGAGCAGAGCUGAUCAGUGGAAUGUUAACUACGUAGAAACUUCAGCAAAGACACGAGCCAAUGUGGAUAAGGUAUUCUUUGAUUUGAUGCGAGAAAUCCGUGCCCGAAAGAUGGAGGACAGCAAAGAAAAGAACGGCAAGAAGAAACGAAAAAGCUUAGCCAAGAGGAUAAGGGAGAGAUGCUGCAUUUUAUAAUGAAAACCUGACACCCUCACUCCAUUUUUGUUUUGUUUUUAUUGCUAAGAACCAUUACUUGUUAGCAUGCCCUCAGACGGCUUUGGCGUCCAGCUGUCAUUUUCAUUUUGGAGACAUUACAUUACACUAAAAAGCAUGAUUGGGACACUGCUCUGGACAGACGACUACAAACAAAAACCACUACCUACAUCAUGUGAAAAUGAAACCCAUUCGGAAGACGUGCUUACAUUUACCUGUAUAAAGUUACUGAAUGUACACGUUUUGAGAGCGGAUGCAGUAGUCUGUGAAUAUUUGCUGGGUGAUUACGCUUUCCUGUCUCUCUAUUCCUACUUUUAGAUACAUCAGCAACACCGACUAUAAUUAAAGCUGAACUCCAGGCAGAGCUAAAAACAACAUUU